AUGGAUGAUACGACUCUUUCAAUCCCACCAGCAUCAAAAAUAACUUUUUCACCACUUCCUGCUUCAUCUGGACAAUUGGAAAAACGUUUCGAAAGUACCAAUGAUUCAAAAAAUGAAAAAUAUUCAAUUAAUAAUCUUGAUGAAAACAGUUCCCUAAAAUUAAAUAUUUCAAAACAUUUAGAAGAAACACUUAAUUAUCUUAAAUCAACGUUUAAUAUCGAUAAAAUAAAAACAAUUCAAUGUACACAAAAGUCUCAAAAAAAAUAUGUUAAUUCAAAUGAAACAGAAUUUCAAGCGUCUGUACUCGAUUUACCUGUACAAUUACUUUUACUUCGUGUUCAUUAUAAUUUAUUAGAUGCUGAUGAAGCUUUGCAAUUGUUAACAGUGAUUGUUAGUAGUGUUCGAAGUGAAGUUGACAAAUGGAAAUGUCUUUCACAACAAAUUGUUGAUGUACGUCUUGUUCAUUUACAAUCAAAUGUUUUUCUUGGCUCUAUCUUUAUUAAAUUAACAAAUUUCGAUCAUCAUACGAUAAAUCAAUGGUUAAUGAAUAUAAAUAUAAUUCUUCGAUGUCUUGUACAAAAUUCAACUGAAGAUAUUAUAUUAACACCAUGGAAUGAUGCUUUAUCAUCAGUUAAUAGAACUCGAGAUGAAGAUUUUCCUACGAAAGUGUUCAAAAUGAUUUAUUUAUAA